AUGUGGUUCCGCCACCCUGAUUGCAAACCAACUGCCAUAUCUGCUUGGUCUUCUCCUAUCAGUAAUACAGAGAAUCCUCCUCUAUUCCAAAAAAUGGAAAAAUGUAUACCAGUUUUCAGGAAAUGGAAUAAAGAGGUCUUUGGACAUGUACAGACCAAAAUCAAGAAACUAGAAGAGGAAUUGGUCUUGAUUCAAAGUGGUCCUAUCACUAAUGACAACCAAGUAAAGGAACAUGAUCUCUCAGCUACCCUUAACGAGGAAUUGAAAAGGGAAGAGGAACUAUGGCGCCAAAAGUCAAGGAAUCAAUGGCUACAACAAGGAGACAGGAAUACAAGUUUCUUCCAUUUAUCUACCAUCCAGCGACGAGGAAGCAACCGAAUUCUUCGAUUAAAGACAGAGAAUGAUGCUUGGACCCAAUCAGAUGAUGAAAUUUAUCAGGUUAUAAAUGAGUAUUACACUCAAAUCUUUCAUUCUGAAGGGGUUGAUCAAGAUGCCUUAUCUUUUGUUCUGAAUACCAUUCAGCCUAAGGUAACAGAAGAAAUGAAUGUUCGGUUGUGUGCUGUCCCUACUAUGGAGGAAGUUGCAUUGGCACUUAAGGCGAUGGGCCCCCUCAAAGCUCCUGGUCCAGAUGGUCUGCCACCUGCUUUCUUUCAAAGGUUCUGGGAUUUUACCAAGGAAGAUGUGUACUCAUUCGCUUGUAAUUUCUUUCAUACUGGAUCACUUCCUUUACAUUGCAAUGAUACUCUUCUAUGCCUUAUUCCUAAAUGUACUAAUCCUGAGACUGCAGAUCAGUAUAGACCCAUUAGUCUAUGUGCGGUGGUGGUCAAGAUAGUCACAAAGAUUAUGGCAUCCAGGCUAAAAGAUGUUAUGGAAAUUUUAGUCUCAACCGCCCAAUCAGCUUUUAUACCAGGGCGUUCUAUCUCAGACAACAUCUACACUGCACAUGAAGUUUUUAAUUAUAUCAAUAAAAAAAAGAAAGGCAAGCAGAUGUUUCUUGCCUUGAAGCUGGACAUGAAGAAGGCGUAUGACAGGGUGGAAUGGGAGUUUCUUGAAAAGGUUCUCCUCCAAUAUGGCUUUUCCUCUCAUUGGGUUACUAUGGUUAUGUCUUGUCUACGUACGGUCACCUAUAAGCUCUUGAUUAAUGGGGCAGUGCGAGGAACAAUUAUUCCAACUAGACGUAUUCGCCAGGGAGAUCCUCUCUCCCCAGCACUCUUCAUCUUAUGCUCUCAAGCUCUCAGCAGUGUGAUCUCUUUGUCUCAAAGAUCUGGUCUUCUAAGAGGUAUUCGAGUCCGCAAUCGGUCAGUUCCAAUAACACAUCUACUUUUUGCUGAUGAUUGUUUACUUUUCUCUCAAAUGAAAUUGGAUGAGGUUUGCCAUUUGAAACAAUGCCUAGAGACCUACUGUAAGGCAAGUGGCCAAGCAAUUAACUUGAAAAAGUCAUCUCUCUCAUUCAGCCCAAAUGUACAUGUACACUUUAGGCGUUGGUUCUCUCGAAUACUGAAAAUCCCUUUUGGGAAGGGCCCUAAUAAAUACUUAGGCUUACCAACCUCUUUUGGUUUGUCUAAAUCCGCCCUUUUUCAAGAUAUUAUUGAAAAAUCUAACCAAUGCCUCAGUGGUUGGAAGACCCGUCUCCUCUCACAUGCAGGAAAGGAAGUGAUGCUUAAAUCAGUAGCAUUCUCUCUUGCUAACUAUGCAGCUUCACAUUUUAAGCUACCGAUCACCCAUCACAACCACCUUAAAAAGGCAGCUACUAAAUUUUAUUGGGGUGAUGGUUCUGAUAAGAACAAGAUUCAUUGGAUUUCGUGGCUUCGAUUGUGUCACUCCAAAGAGAGAGGAGGAUUGGGUUUUCGUGAUCCCACACUUCACAACAAAGCUUUAUUAGUGAAAGUGGCAUGGAGGCUUUGGUAUGAACCUGAUACAGCAUGGGCGAAAUUCAUGAAGUCAAUUUACUUUCCAAAUUGUGAGUUCUUGAAUGCAAAGUUGGGUACUAACCCAUCUUGGGCUUGGAGGAGCAUAGUGGUGGGCAGAGAGGUUUUAAGAUCCGGUUUAAUAUGGCGGAUUGGUACGGGAGAGAACAUACAUAUCUGGAAGGAUAAUUGGUUACCCUCUUUGCCAGGUUAUAAAUUACAUCAUCCGCCAUUAGAGGACUGCCCCUUUACUCAUGUUUCUGAGUUCAUUGAUCCUCAAAGCCGCUGCUGGAAUAGGACACUGAUCGACAGGUAUAUACAUCAUUCUGAAAGACCCGCUAUUUACCAAAUCCAAAUAAGCUUAUUUGAGACUCAGGACAAACAGGUUUGGGGACCAACAAAACAAGGUCUUUUCACAGUGAAGAGUGCAUAUCAUUUUCUCUGUAACAUGUGGACAGAGAAGAAGUUGGAGCGGCCAUCCUCAUCAACCAGUCAUCGAUGGCGGGAGGUUCCAACAGAUGUUUGGAAGGCCAUUUGGAGUUGCAACACCUUACCAAAGGUUAAGAAUUUUCUAUGGAGAGCUUGUGCAAAUGGCCUAGCUUCAGCCUCGGCCUUGACCCACAGACAUAUACAUGUGGAUCCGAUUUGCCAUAGAUGUGGGGAGGUGUCAGAAUCGAUAUCACAUAUAAUCCUCUAUUGCCCUUUUGCACGGGCGGUCUGGCAUGGUAGCAGCGUAACAUAUGUGGUUCCAGCAGAUAACAAUGAUCCUCUUUACAAAUGGAUUCAAGGUUGGGCAGCACUCAAGUCAUAUGGAAAGAAGGUUGCAAGAGAGGUGGUCUCACAAUGUACUUUCAUUGCAUGGCAUAUUUGGAAGGCUCGAAAUGACUACAUUUUUGCAACGAAGGUCUGGUCACCAAUGGAGGUCGUUGCUGCCGCACAUAGGGCUUGGUCUGAAUAUAUUUCAACCCCCAAAGACCAGCAAGAACUUCACAUAUCUCCACCUGUCUUGAGGGCUUCGGUCUUGGCAUCCCCACCACCAAAUUUCCACAGGUUACGCUGUGAUGCUUCUCUCAAUCUUUCCGGAGAGCGAGGAGGUAUUGGAUUUCUCUUAUGCGACUGGCUGGGACAUCCUAAGGUGGCCGUUUCGAACCCUGUUAAAUUCUCCACUAUUCUGGUUGGUGAAGCUAUUGCAAUCAGGGAAGGUCUUAUGGAGGCAAUCUCGGAAGGAGUUCACAAAUUGCAUGUGGAGAGCGACAAUCAACAGCUGAUUUCUUAUUUGCAGGACUUUUCUCAAAGCCCAGAUAUUGCAGUAUGGCCAAUUAUUGAGGAUAUUGGCUACCUCUGCUCUUUCUUUGAUGAUUGUCUUUUUUUUGGUAUUCCAAGGGAGGUUAACGUUAUAGCCGAUACCCUUGCUAGGAGGGCCCAGUCCGUUACGGAUAGGACUGUUUGGCCUAUUUUCGAUCCUUGUUUGUCUACGCCUGUGGUUCUAGACAACUUGAGUGUAAUCCGUUCUUCUCAAUAG